AGUUUGAUUUUAUUAACUGGAUUUUCUGAGAAAUUUUUUUUAAUGUUUUGAACUUGGAAAUACUUUCAUACCCCUUUCAUAUUUAUUUUUAUUGUUUUAUGUUUCCAUGGAAACAAAGAUUGAUUAAUGCCGUUGAGAUUGAAGACCCAAUUUCUGAAGCUUGAUUUCAAAGACAUGAAGAGUUGAAGGGAUUGGAGCAGUGGAGGAGAGAUGUAGGACUUGUGAUUUUAGGGAUUGCUUUUAUUGAGGAUUCCUGUAAUGUCAAACCUUUCAAUAACUUUGAUUUCAACACACAAAAUCUCUGAAGCUGAAAGUUUGAAUGGAUAAAUACAACCAAUAGAAUAGAUACACCCAAUAUAAUAGAUACAACCAAUAGAAUAGAUACAACCAGUAGAAUAGAUGCAACCAGUAGAAUAGAUACAACCAGUAGAAUAGAUACAAUGAGUAGAAUAAUAAAUACAACCAGUAGAAUAGAUACACCCAAUAUAAUAGAUACAACCAAUAGAAUAGAUACAACCAGUAGAAUAGAUACAACCAGUAGAAUAGAUGCAACCAGUAGAAUAGAUGCAACCAGUAGAAUAGAUACAACCAGUAGAAUAAAAAAUACAACCAGUAGAAUAGAUACGCCCAAUAGAAUAGAUAUACCCAAUAUAAUAGAUACAACCAAAAGAAUAGAUACAACCAGUAGAAUAGAUACACCCAAUAGAAUAGAUAUACCCAAUAUAAUAGAUACAACCAAAAGAAUAGAUACAACCAGUAGAAUAGAUACACCCAAUAGAAUAAAUACACCCAAUAUAAUAGAUAUACCCAAUAUAAUAGAUACAACCAAAAGAAUAGAUACAACCAAUAUAAUAGAUAUACCCAAUAGAAUAGAUACAGCCAAAAGAAUACAUACCACCAAUAGAAUAGAUACACCCAAUAUAAUAGAUACAGCCAAAAGAAUACAUACCACCAAUAGAAUAGAUACAACCAAUAGAAUAGAUACAACCAGUAGAAUAGAUACAACCAGUAGAAUAGAUGCAACCAGUAGAAUAGAUGCAACCAGUAGAAUAGAUACAACCAGUAGAAUAAAAAAUACAACCAGUAGAAUAGAUACGCCCAAUAGAAUAGAUAUACCCAAUAUAAUAGAUACAACCAAAAGAAUAGAUACAACCAGUAGAAUAGAUACACCCAAUAGAAUAGAUACACCCAAUAGAAUAGAUACACCCAAUAGAAUAAAUACACCCAAUAGAAUAGAUACAACCAAUAGAAUAGAUACAACCAGUAGAAUAGAUACCACCAAUAGAAUGGAUACAACCAAUAGAAUAGAUACAACCAAAAGAAUAGAUACCACCAAUAGAAUGAAUACACCCAAUAGAAUAGAUACAACCAGUAGAAUAGAUACCACCAAUAUAAUGGAUACAACCAAUAGAAUAGAUAAAACCAAAAGAAUACAUACCACCAAUAGAAUAAAUACACCCAAUAGAAUAGAUACCACCAAUAGAAUAAAUACCACCAUAGAAUAGAUACACCCAAUAUAAUAGAUACACCCAAUAUAAUAGAUACACCCAUAGAAUAGAUACAACCAGUAGAAUAGAUACCACCAAUAGAAUAAAUACACCCAAUAUAAUAGAUACAACCAAUAGAAUAGAUACAACCAGUAGAAUAGAUACAACCAGUAGAAUAGAUACGCCCAAUAUAAUAGAUACAACCAGUAGAAUAAAUACCACCAAAAGGAUAAAUACCACUAAUUGGAUAAAUACAACCAAUAGAAUGAAUACAACCCAUUGGAUAAAUACAACCAAUAGAAUAGAAUCCCAAUCUCUGUCUCGGCGCGGACUUCAUGGCAGCCCUAUUGAGCCUAUAUUUUGUUUUAUUAUAACUUUUUAUCAAACAGUUUUCACUCCAUCAUGAUCUUGAUCCAGAUUCUGAUGUCAGCAUGGAAUGUAUUGGACAAAUUGUUAAGUGUUAAAGGCUGUCAUCCCCACGAGAUUUUAUACAUUGGAUGAGGGAGCAGCAUGACUGUCUUGAGCAUUAGAUUUCAGAUAGCUAAUCAAAAACCAGAAGUGUUAUCACAUAUGUUCACGGAAAAGCCCGGUGAUCUUAAAAGCCAAUCACAAUGAUUUGGGGGUAAAAUUAUCUUAUCGUAAUUCAGUCAUUGUUGGGUAUUUUGACCAGCAUGAACAGUUUAGACAGCUGAUCCUUGACCUGUGUGAUGUGAGAUUACAAAAUGUCUUAGCCAGGUGAGCUAAAGUGCCAAUGACCAUGACUUGGUGGCAGAAAUAGGUUUUUGUGAGUAUUAAAGGCAUGCAUUGACAAACAUCCAGGACCCACUUGCACUGAGGAUUUAGCACCAAUACAAUUGUAGCUCAUAAUAGGCACCCCAGGGGAUGCCAGGUAAGAUUUAUCCCUGUGCUGGUCAUAAGAGGUGACCAAAUGGAUCAGUUGGUCAUGUUCACUGACUUUGUUGAUUGCCUGUAAUUGUACGUACCCCUUGGCGUGGAUCGCUGCUAACAAUAUCGACCACUGGAUCGUCUGGUCCAGGCUCAGUUAUAUACAGGAUGCCGCCAUGGCUGGAAUAUUGCUGUUUUUGAUGUUAAACAACAAACAAACUACUUGCAACAGUUGUACUGCUAACAUUGUUAUGUGCAAUUGGCCUUCAGGCAAACAAACCCAUCCUGAAGCUUCGACUGUCACAAGUAAACGUAAGGGAGUUGAGGCUAUGUGGUCCACGACUGUUUGUGGCUGUGUGGAUCGAGUCCCUGGUCCACAACUGUUUGUGGCUGUGUGGAUCGAGUCCCUAGUCCAUGACUGUUUGUGUGUGUAUUGAUCGGGUCCCUGGUCCAUGACUGUUUGUGGCUGUGUGGAUUGAGUCCCUGGUCCACAACUGUUUGUGGCUGUGUGGAUCUAGUCCCUGGCCCAUGACUGUUUGUGGCUGUGUGGAUCGGGUCCCUGGUCCAUGACUGUUUGUUGCUGUGUGGAUCGAGUCCCUGGUCCAUGACUGUAGCUGUGUGGAUCGGGUCCCUGGUCCAUGACUGUUUGUGGCUGUGUUGAAUCGUGUCGACAACUGUUUGUGGCUGUGUGGAUCGAGUCCCUGGUCCAUGACUGUUUGUGGCUGUGUGGAUCUAGUCCCUGGUCCAUGACUGUUUGUGUCUGUGUGGAUCGGGUCCCUGGUCCAUGACUGUUUGUGGCUGUGUGGAUCUAGUCCCUGGUCCAUGACUGUUUGUGUCUGUGUGGAUCGGGUCCCUGGUCCAUGACUGUUUGUGGCUGUGUGGAUCUGGUCCCUGGUCCAUGACUGUUUGUGUCUGUGUGGAUCGGGUCCCUGGUCCAUGACUGUUUGUUGCUGUGUGGAUCGGGUCCCUGGUCCAUGACUGUUUGUGGCUGUGUGGAUCUAGUCCCUGGUCCAUGACUGUUUGUGUCUGUGUGGAUCGGGUCCCUGGUCCAUGACUGUUUGUUGCUGUGUGGAUCGAGUCCCUGGUCCAUGACUGUUUGUGGCUGUGUGGAUCGGGUCCCUGGUCCAUGACUGUUUGUGGCUGUGUGGAUCUGGUCCCUGGUCCAUGUUUCAUGAAGAAGGCUGUGUGGAUCUGGUCCCUGGUCCAUGACUGUUUGUGGCUGUGUGGAUUGAGUCCCUGGCCCAUGACUGUUUGUGGCUGUGUGGAUCUGGUCCCUGGUCCAUGACUGUUUGUGGCUGUGUGGAUUGAGUCCCUGGUCCAUGACUGUUUGUGGCUGUGUGGAUCUGGUCCCUGGUCCAUGACUGUUUGUGGCUGUGUGGAUUGAGUCCCUGGUCCAUGACUGUUUGUGGCUGUGUGGAUUGAGUCCCUGGUCCAUGACUGUUUGUGGCUGUGUGGAUUGAGUCCCUGGUCCAUGACUGUUUGUGGCUGUGUGGAUCUAGUCCCUGGUCCACGACUGUUUGUGGCUGUGUGGAUCAAGUCCCUGGUCCACGACUGUUUGUGGCUGUGUGGAUUGGGUCCCUGGUCCAUGACUCUUUAUUGCUUCGUGGAUCGGGUCGACGACUGUUUGUGGCCGAGUGGAUUGGGCCCACUACUGUUUGUUGCUGUGUGGAAUCGGGUCGACGACUGUUUGUGGCUGUGUUGAAUCGUGUCGACAACUGUUUGUGGCUGUGUGGAUCUGGUCCCUGGUCCAUGACUGUUUGUGGCUGUGUGGAUUGAGUCCCUGGUCCAUGACUGUUUGUGGCUGUGUGGAUUGAGUCCCUGGUCCAUGACUGUUUGUGGCUGUGUGGAUCUGGUCCCUGGUCCAUGACUGUUUGUGGCUGUGUUGAAUCGUGUCGACAACUGUUUGUGGCUGUGUGGAUCGGGUCCCUGGUCCAUGACUUUUUAUGGCUGUGUGGAUCUAGUCCCUGCUCCACGACUGUUUGUGGCUGUGUGGAUCGGGUCCCUGUUCCAUGACUGUUUGUGGCUGUGUGGAUCUGGUCCCUGGUCCAUGUUUCAUGAAGAAGGCUGUAUCAUGUGCUAACAUCAUUCUG